CUGUGAUGCCGCCGAGGAAGCAAACCAUCAUUCUGUUUGUCGUGAAACUGAAGAUAGUUUGAUUUCUGUCAGAAUAACAUUGGACGUUUUAACAGUUUGACUUAUAAAGAUGCUUCGAAGAACAAGAACAUCGAAAGUGUAUAAAGAGACCUCAACAGAUGACGAUUCUGAUGACAUGACAGGCAAUCAGAAAGAUGACAGUGAAGAGUUGGAAUGGUUGCCAGAUUUGCAUGAUAGCAAAAUGAAAAAAGGACACCAGAAGGCUCCAGAUAAAACGUCAGAUGGGAAACCAGCCACCAAAAGGGUGGCUAAACCCAAAGAGACAAAGCCUAAAGCAGAGAGGAAGCCGAGAACAGUGCGGGCCCCUAAAGUGAAGACGGUUAAGUCUAAUAAAGAACAACAACCUGAGGAUACAAAUGUACCGAAGCCUGCAUCACAGCAGCACAUGACGGUUAAAGAAGAGAGGUUAUCCAUCAACUUGAACAGUGAGUUCAGUAAUACUGCGGCGGUCCCUGGAGAUAUGCCUGAUGAGGGACCGUCAUCCAGCCAACAUCCUUUCGGGGUGAAAAAAGAAGAACCAGAAGACUUUACAUUUGAAGAACCUCCUCAGAAGAAGCAGAGGACAGAUGCACAUCAGGGAAGACCAAUAAAACUCAAAGUAGGAAAUUCCCGCUUAGAAGACCUACAGAUGAAUUGGGAUCUCAUACAGGUACUUGCUGAGAAGACGGGUGCGGAGCAAUGGGUAUGUGGAAACAUUGUACAUCUGUUGCAGGAAGAGAACACAGUUCCAUUCAUGGUGCGCUACAGAAAAGAGUUGAUUAAUCAUAUGGAUGCUGAUGCUGUUAGAGAUGUUCAACUCGUUCUAGAAGAGCUACGGUCGGUGGCAAAAAAGAGCAGAUCCGUCGCUCAAACACUUAAAAAGGAGGGAGUUCUUAAUUCACAGCUGGAGAAUGCUUUACAAAACUGCACAACAGCUGAUGAAAUAGACCAUGUGUAUGCCCCCUAUAAAAAGGGCAGUAAGUUAUCUAAGGCCCGGCGAGCUAAGGAGCUGGGACUGGAACCUGCUGCAUUAGCUUUGCUUCAUGCACCCCAGACACUGGACGUCCACUCCUGUAUCCAGCCCAACAAAAAAGGGUUGUCAAACCUGGUUGAGGUGGCCACAGGUGUGCAGGAGAUCCUGGCGGAUAUGAUUUCUAAAGACAAGGAAUCUCUCACCUAUGUCCAGACACUGUGUGACAGGGCUUCAGUGACCAUUCACUCGGCAGUUUCUAAAACAGCCCUUAAAGAACAGCAGGAGCAGCAGGGCAAUCAGAAGAGUAAACCAAAAGACAUUGCGAAGUUCAGCCUAUACACUGACUUCACCUGCAACAUACAGCAAAUCCAGCACCAUCAGACGUUAGCCAUUAACCGUGGGGAGAAUCUGAAGAUUCUGACAGUGAAGGUCAACAUCCCCGACUGGGUGAAGAAUGACUUCUGUAGGUGGUGCGUCAACAUCAGGUGGAAGCCACAAGGAUUUGCACGACCGGAACUGAUGGAAAUUUUGAAAAAUGCUGCUGAAGAUUCCUACAAGAGGCUCAUUCUGCCUUUUCUCAGCCGAGGCUACAGGACUAAAUUAACUGCUAGUGCAGAAAAGGAAUCCAUAGCCAUGUUUGUUCGCAAUCUACGUCAGCGUCUUCUGAUGUGUCCUGUGCGGGGCAAGGUCAUCUUGGGAGUGGAUCCAGGAUUUCACCAUGGCUGCAAACUGGCUGUUCUUUCCCCCACCAGUCAGAUACUGCACACAGAUGUGGUUUACCUGCAUGGCUCAGCUAGAAAAAGAGAGGUGGAAAAACUGCGCCAUCUAAUGCUUAAACAUAGCUGUCAAACCGUUGUUAUAGGAAAUGGCAAAGCGUGCAGAGAAACUGAAGCCUUCUUUACAGAAUUAAUUAAACAGCGCUUCUUCCACCUGCUCGAUGUUUCAUACUGCAUAACAGAUGAAGCAGGAGCGUCCAUCUAUAGCGUGAGUCCUGAGGCUGUGAAGGAGAUGCCUGACCUGGAUCCCAACUUAAGGAGUGCAGUGUCCAUCGGGAGGCGUGUUCAGGACCCUUUAGCAGAGCUCAUUAAGAUUGACCCCAAACACAUCGGGAUUGGCACCUAUCAGCACGACGUGUCACAGAGUUUGCUGAGGGCAGCGCUGGACGGGGUGGUGCAGGAGUGUGUGAGCUUCGUGGGAGUGGACAUCAACAUCUGUUCAGAGACGCUGAUGAGACAUGUCUCAGGUCUGAAUACAGGACGAGCUCGCAGCAUCAUGGAGUGGAGAGAAAUGAAUGGACCUUUUCUCAACCGAGAGCAGCUCAAAUUGGUGAAAGGCCUGGGCCCUAAGAGCUUUCAGCAGUGUGCUGGCUUCAUAAGGGUCAACCCCGAGACGGUGCUAAGUUACAGCCCUGGAGGGAACAAAGAACUUGAUGUUCCUCAGAAUCAGACUGCUGGGAAAAGAAAAGGCAAAGCCUCUGGUAGCAUCUCUAACCAGUUUAACCCGCUGGACCAAACCUGCAUCCACCCAGAAUCCUACAGCAUCGCCCUGAGGUUCUUGUCUCAGAUUGGGAGCAGUUUGGAUAUGAUGGGCAGUGAUUCUCUCAGGCACAGUGUGAAGAACAGUGUUAAGAGCAGUAGUCUGGAUGUUCUGGCAAAAUCUUUGAACACCCCACCUGAGACUCUUCAGCUUAUCGUGGACGGACUCACUCAGCCUCCUGGUUUUGACAUUCGCCAGGAUUUCGAGCAGGCAGAUUUCAAGAAAGAAAUCGUGUCUAUGGAUGACCUGUACGAUGGGAUGGUUCUAACCGGGCGCGUAACGAACGCUGCGUUAUUUGGAGCUUUCGUGGACAUCGGAGUUGGUCGUAGCGGGCUCAUCCCAAAGCGUUUUAUCACUCCUGAUAAACUUCCAAAUGACAGAAAAAGACGCAGCCUAGCUCUCGGUCCAGGCGAACGGGUGGAGGUGAUGGUCAAACAUGUUGAUCUCCAGAGGAAUCGGAUCAGUCUGGACCUCAUAAGAGUUCUCAGAUGAACUGAUUGAUCAAAGGAAUAAAUUAUAAAAACAUUUUGUAUUUGUUUAUUGAAAUGAAACAUUUUGACAUCAAGCUGCUGUGUUGAAUGUGAGGUGAAACUGUUCAAAUGUUUGAAAUGUGUUCUGCACUAUAGCAGAUUCUUACUUAUCAAUGGUUAAUAAUAUAUAUUUUUGUAUUGAAUAUAUAUUAUUUUUCACGUCUUGCUUCCUUUAUUUCAGUAUAAAUAUGCUGCCAUUUUGUUCUCUUUGUCCUUUACACUACACAGUAUGCAGAGAACUUUUUUUCUCCUUUAAAAAUGUAGGUUCAGAUGUUAAUCUUUUCGAAGAUAUUUCAGCAAAGUUUGUAUGAUGGCUCUAAAUAUUUAGUGUAGAUAAUAUUAGUUUUUAAACCUACAGGAUGUUUUUGUUAUAAAGCUUGUUGAUCUGUUUUUCAGCUUGAACACUGUAGUGCAGUAUCAUUUUGGUGCCUGAAUGGAUGUAAUUGCAGCACAUGAUUUCUACAAACUGGUUACUGUUGCUAUGGAGCACUUCUGACACAGUCACAGAUGUUACCCCGCCAAACUCAAACACGUUUGAUUGACAGUCACUUAUCAAGCAGUGAGGAGGGGGUUGAACAAACAGCUGCCACACUCCAAUAUGACUAGAGGCCAUUGGGAAAAGCAAACCUAAUUACCAUGGCUAGCCACGUGCUAAUGAGCUACUUCAAAAUUAAUCCCAUACUCCCUUAUCUCUAUUAUCUAAUCUGUUUAUAUGACACAAAUAGAAAAAUGGAUAAAUAAGAAACCCGAUGUGCCAUGAGCACUUCAUUGGAACCACAGGGAGAGAAUUUCAAAUGAGUGUGUGUAUUUACAUUUGGGAUCUUUCAUUUGUAUGACAAGGAACUGAAGUGAAGAAUGGUGUUGCAUCAAUUGUUAAAAGUAAAUGACCCUAAUAAAAUGACUCGGUUUAUAGUUUUUUACUAGAAUUGGUUUAUUGAAAAUGCUUUUCAUAUUUCCAACUUUUUGUUGGUAUUUUCUAUUCAUAGCUGAAGCAUUUUUGCCCUACAUAGCCUACAGAUGUUUUGGUUUGAUGUUCUAGUUUGAAUUUACAUAUUUAUGGUAAAUGACAGGUGCUUAAUUAAACAUAAUUGGAAAACAAAUACAAAACAAAAAGUUUUGUGGAUGGCGAUCAUAACUCAUUAUUCUGUGUGUCAGAUAGCUGCUGCUAGUUAACAGGUUUUAGUUUGUUGGGUUUCCAGAGAACAGACUUUUACAGUAUAAAUCAAUGUAUGUAUCAAACAAAAGCAUGAAUGUAAGUCUUAUUAGCAAUGUUGACAUUUUACUUUCAAAGCCACAAACCACAUGCGUUUCUUCCUGUUUCAGCAUGUGCAUUCUAUUGUAAUCUGUUAAUGUUCAGUGCAUAUUUUUCUAGAAAAAAAAUUUCUGUAACCAACGACAGCACAUUAAACCUGAACUCAUCUUUAAU